CGACCAGCGUUUAGAGGGGGUUUGGAGGAGGAGAGGAGCCGCUCUGGCUACGGGAGACACGAGAGCACGCCGGAGUUUCGCCAACCACAACAGAGAAACCUAGACGACCUGCAGUCAGUAGACAGAAAGACUGCAUAGGUUCUCGGUGUCUUCCAGAAAGUGAAAACAAAAAAAAAAAACAAAGUGUGUAUGAAACAAAAGAAAAAUAAGAGGGCAGAAGUGAACUGAGAAGUGGUUUGGAGAAGCUGACAGAGGCACAGUGACGAUGCCGUUGGAUGUGGCAUGGCGCGCGCGCGAGGACUAUAAAUCCGAGUCCCAGUGCAAGCGGAGCUCCUUCGCUUUCUACCGCGCCGUGCGCGACCUGCUGCCCGUUUGGCUGCUAGAGGAGAUGCGCGCCACCGAGGCCUUACACUGGGAGGAGGACGGGCGCGCGCGCGCCUUCGCGCCCUGCGAGGCGCUGCUCUACGCGCUCGUGCACGACCACCAGGCGUACGCGCGCCACCUUCUGCGCUCCUACCCGUCGCGCGCGCUGGAAGCGCCUAGCCCGAGCUUUCGCUGUUGUGCGUGCACGGACGCCGCCGCGCCGCAUUUGGCGCUGGCCGUGCGCCACGAGCGCGUAGCAAUCCUCGGCGUGAUGCUGGAGGCCGCGGCGGACUUAAGCGAGGACGAGAGGCGCGCUUUCCUGGACGGCCACGGCUGCAUGCACAGCGGCGGAAAGAGCGCGUUGCAUGUGGCGUGCGAGCUGGCACGCGCCGAGUGUCUGCUGGCGCUGCUGGCGAAUGGCGCGUGCCCUUACGUGACGGACGGUGCGGGAGACACACCUCUGGACUGCCUGCUAGAGCAGAUAGAGCGCAGCGGGGACGCGGAUGGCGAUGACGCGCGAGCCAGACGCGCGUGCCUCGGCUACCUCCUGCUCUUCAUGCCCGCGAUGCGCUUCAGCAAGAGGUUACAGCUGCUCGAGGACGCCGCGCGGUGGACGCGCCUGCUCGGGGAGCGCGCGUACGGCUGGUUGUCCGGGCGCGCGCCCCCCACGCUUCUCCUGCUAUGCACGCGCACGCUGCUGUCGGCGCGCGCCGAGCUGCUGGAGUCGCUGCCGCGCUUCCUCCGGCCACCAGAGUUCAGACUGCAGCAGUGGGGGGUGGUAGAGUGAAGCGGGAGGAGAGACACUGUACAUAUGUGAAUAGCUGUGACUGUAGAAAGAGGCGUGUGAAUGUAUAUCUGAUGCAGUGAAAUGUGUGAAAGUCAUGGUGAAAAUAUUAAACGUUUAUUUUUGCAAGAA